CGUACUGUUCGGUCGUAUUGUCGUCUGUCGACCAUGAUGUCGAUAUAUUAACGUACUGUUUGAGGGAAUUGUUAGUCUGAGGCGAAGGGAAAUAAAACACAACUGAGAAGGCGUUCAAAAAGAGCUACCUUUGCCUUUGGCCGCUAAUGAUGAUCCAUUCGGUGUUUUGACGAAGACUUGAGAUUAAUGAUGGCUAGUGCCAACCCAACAACCACAAUAACGGAUGAAGAAAGAAGAUGGGUUGUUAUUGGAGUGUGCUUGACCAAAGUUUUCACACCUGCGUUAAGAAAUGUCCUGGCAACGGAAAUACCAAAAUGGCAUCAGGUUCUAUGUCAACCACCGACUGACAUUGACAAACAAGUGUAUGGCCGAUAUAAAAAACAGUUGAGUCCAUCAACUAUAAACCUCAACUAUAAAAAUAUUAACAACAAUAAUGUUCAUAAAUCACCACGGUUAUAUGAUUAUGCAGUUAAAGACCCAUUGUCUUUGGCAAAGUUGUUUGUUCAGCCAUUUAUGUCCAAGUUCACUGGCUUUGACGAAACAAUGGAUACUUCUGCAAUAUUAUCAGUGAUUUGCGAAGCUGCUCCAUUUACAGCAGCUGCUGCUGAUGCAAAGACAGUCCGGUCUGACAUCAGAAACGAGUGGGCACAUUGCAACUUUGCAAACUGGACUGAGGCAAAGUUUAAUGCUGCUUUUCUUUGCAUGGAAACUUUGCUGAAGAAUGUGAAUCUUCCACCUGAAGAGGAACAACAAAUGUGUGAUGAUCUGAAUAGCUGGAAAGAUAAAGGUUUGCAGUUGUGUUUCAAUAGUCAACUUGUUGACAUCCACGUACCGAGUUUACUCAAAGAGAGUGUCGAUGAACUUCGUUUAUCUCUGCAGACAUUGAAUUUAGAGAAGGAACAGGUGUCUACAGUACUUUUGAAUAUCGAUGAGAUACAGUCAAAAUUGAAAAAAGAAAUUGACGACCUGCGUGAGAAAGUCGAAAAAAUUGAAAUACAGGCAAAUGAUAAUUAUAAAGAGAUAGAGCUUCUCAAGGAGGAACGAUUUUUUGGUCAACUUGCAAGAUAUAUUGCCGAAAAGGAGAAGCUGCCCUAUGUCUUCAGUGCACCGGCACGAAAUCGUUAUUUUGCUGGUCGGAUUGAAGAAAUGAAAAAGCUUAAACAUAUUUUGAAAGUCGAAGAAACGUCGAACGAAAAGAAAGUACGUGUCGCAGCAGUAUGUGGAUUGGGUGGAAUUGGUAAAACAAGCCUUGUCACCGAGUAUGCUCAUCAGAUGAAGGAUUUCUACCAAGGAGGGGUUUAUUGGUUCUCUGCUGAAGAUGAUAAGUUUCUUGACAAGUCGGUGAAUGAUAUUGCGUCAAAAAUUGUUGCUGUCUCCGAUAAUUCAUUCAAUUCGGAUUUAGGAUUUAUCCUAAGAAGGAUUAGCACAACCAAUGACCCAUGUCUUAUUGUGCUCGACUGCUUGGAUCAACUGGAACUUUCAUCCAACAUGAUGGAAUUUCUUUCCUUCCCUUCGCACACAAGUAUCUGUGGACACUUUGUCGUGAUUACCAGGCGAAAUCCAGAGCGACUUAUCAAUGAAAUGUCGGUUUUGGACGAUCAGUCAUAUCUUCAAUUGAAGUGCUUUCAGCUUGAAGAAGCGAAGCAAUUUCUUUUUUCUAGAUCUGGCAUAACGCAUGAUGAAAACGUUGACAGUGACGCUGAAUGUCUUUGUGAAGAGCUGGGAAGAUUGCCACUUGCUUUGGAGCAAGUCGGAUCUUAUAUUAAAAUGCUUAAAUGUAGUUUUUCUUCAUAUCUGGAGCAAUAUAAAGACGAAAGCUUGCGACUGCUUGAACAGCAAAAAGGGAGCCCGGUAGCACCAGGUAAAGAGUCACUGGAACGUAUCGCUGUCCACACAACAUGGCGUAUCAACAUGGAGCAUAUAAAGAAAAGUUCGAACGGCGAGGAAGCUGUACGGUUUUUGAAUGCUUGUGCGUUUUUCAAUCGAAACGAGAUUGAAGAAGAAUUGAUCAACGUUGGAAAACCCGAAGUAGAAGGCGUCUCGUAUCGUAAAUGUGUGUCAUCGCCUUUGGGUAGCCGUCAGACUCUAAAAUUAUUGACCGACUUUUCCCUUUUCAAUUAUGUCGAUUUACACACUAGAUCCGUCACAACCCAUCGUUUGGUCCAGGAAUUGGUAAAAGAAAGUCUUGAUACUGAAUCGAAAGCAAAGAGUUUCACUGAUGCUAUGCGGAUGCUUUCGUAUGCAUUCACCAAAUGUUCUUCACCAAACGAUUUUGUGAAGGUGAAUGAGGAUAAUGACGAUGAGCAAUACAUGGCUAUUUCAGAUUUCCAGCAGAAUUCAUCCCAAUUCUACAUGUGGUCUAAAUUUUGUAUGCAUGGCCAUAAACUUUGCCAAAGUUUGGAGAAUUUCUUGCAAAUUCCCGUUUGCCUGGAGGCAUUGUGGUUUCCUGAAACAGCCAAGAUGUUUUACGAAUGUGCCGUUCAUUUGAGUGCAAAUCGUAAACAGAAUGAAGCAAAACGCACUUUGAACUUUAGCUACCGUAUAUUAGACUGGCUGCCGUCGAAGGAGUGUGAAACAAUAAACCGUGAUCUUUCAAAGUUGUUUCCUCUUCAUAUUCCUUUACCAAAGCAAUUGCGGGUCGAGAUCCGACGAUUUUGCGCGCCACCUUCUGUUUAUCAUCAAGCUCUGACUAAGCAACCUGCUCCAAGAGAUCGUGAUCUUGACCAAGUGAGAAUUCCGAGAUCAAAGAAUGGCGUAAAUAACAAAGAGGAUGAUGAAAAGUUUUCGUUAGAAGAUUCAAAUGACAUAACACUUCGUCCAGAUUGUUGGAAAGGUUAUGCUGAGAGGGCUCUGGCAUUUAAACGCUCGGAUGAGAAAUUCUGUGCUGAAAUAGCUGCUGCUUUAGCUUUUUAUCACAAUAGGAAUAUUUUUUCUAAUUAUUUUGCUGUCAACGACUCUCUCUUGGACCUUCAGCAUCGUAUUCUAAUAUGCGAUUCUGUGGAUGAACUGCGAGAAGCCAUUUAUUCGCAUGAACAAGACGAUGAGUUGAAAUUUCUGCUUUUGGGAUCACCAGAGUACAUCCUAAAUGUUGCAACAUUCGCCCGACCCUGGAACAACUGCGUCCUUGUUGGAGCAAGAAAAAUUUGUCCCGUUUCAAUGAAGUUAGAUGGCAGCAUUGUCUUGUUAAAAUGCAUGCUAGUAAAUCUGUCAUUUUAUUUUGAUAAAGGUCAAUUGAAUUGUUUGUCUGAGUCGUUCGUCAAAUUGUUAGGCUGUAACUUCACUUCUGGCGAUGAAGAAACGGCGCGUAACAACUCGUGGUAUUUUAAUGCAGAACAAUGCAAAUUCGAAUACAGUAAAGGUGUUGGUCUCUUUUGUUGUAAACCGGGGAACGUUGUUGUUGCUGACUGUUCCUUUCGUUUCAAUAGAAAGGAAGGGCUAGUAAUAGAAAGCACGUUGGCAUUACAAAGCGAUGCAUUAACAUUUAGUGCGAUUGAUUGCGAUGUUCACCAUAAUGGGCUGGACGGGAUUUUGAUAUUCCAAACUGCGAAUGUCACACUUUCACGUAAUAACGUCUAUUCCAAUGGUCAUAGUGGAAUAUUUGUCAACGCUGUGCGGCGAAAAUAAGAGAAAAUAACGUUUUUGAUAACGAUUCGUGGGGCAUUUACUCUAGAUGUUGUUCAAGUUGCAAUAUAUCAAACAACAAGAUAUUUCGCAAUAGAAAUGGAGGAAUUCGUAUAGUAGAUGAAGAAUUUGCUCCAUUUGUCGUCG